ACUGACGCGAAGAAAGCUAAAAGCUGGUGGAGGGAGACGCAGGUUCAGAUUAUACCAGUCCUAUGUCACUAAUGGGUGGACUCGACUUUGACAUAGGCUUUAGUUUUGAUAAGUUUGAGGAAAAUGUGAAAAGAUUCAUUGAGUUACCCAAAAACUAUCUCGAUACAGCUGUUGAUACAGCCGUUGAGUUUAUGGAAGACAUCCAUGAAAGAAUGUUUGCUCCUUCCCCUAGUGAUGAAGCACUGAAUAAAGCAAAUGAAAUACUGAAGGAUUCAUUCUAUGACAAUGUAAUCACUGGAUCAUCGGCAACAUCCGUUAGAAUGGAGUUCGUAGCUUCUAACAAGGAACUAUCUAGUCCCAGUACUUCCACUGUUACUGCUGAAGACAGUUUUGCAGGCUCAGUUGUUGCUGAUGCUCCCGAAACUGAAUCAAUUUUAACGAAAAGUCCAGAAAGCGAUUCUUCUGAAGGGGGUAAUAUAGAAGUGAAUGAACAGUGCAUGUUGCCCGUGGACACCUCAGCAGCUGAAAUAUCAGGUGGGAAAUCUAUUGAUGUCGAUGAGGAAGUUCUUUCAGGCAAUUCAGAGAAGCCCUCGGAUUCCUGCACAUCUGAAGACCCAAUUUCAAUUGGGAAGGAAUUAAUUUUAUGGAGGAAACCUUUAGAACCGCAAUCACCUGAAUCUUCUGCUUUUGAUGACGCAAUUAUUCCUGAAGGGACUAUUGUAAAUUGUGAAGAGCCAGAACACAGUACAAAGGACACUGAAGAAUCAGGAAAGCAUGGUGACUUAUCAAAAUUUUCCGGCGUGACUAUCUCGCAUGAUUUGACCACAGACAUGUCCAACGAUGACGAUUCAAAUGUGUGGCUUGAUAUAGACCUCCAGGAUGAUCAGGAGCAGACAGAGGCAGAUGUCUCCCCGGUUCGUCAACCAAAGAAGACAUCAUUCAAGAAAAAAAUGAUGAGAAGCUUAGCGAAUAAAUUCCGGUGGUCGAAGAAGGAGAGGAAUUUGAACCAGGCAGAAGCAGGAAAUGUCAGGUAUCAAGCAGUUUCAUCCUCGGAUGAUCUGGAGGAUGAUUGGGAACUCUUGUAAAUCUUCAGAAAGCUCCAUAUCUGCUGUUAA